AUGGAAGCGCUGCAAGACGUUCUUCGAGAAAAUGCUGGAUUGCGUGGUCUUUUGCGUGCGCUGCACGUUGACGACGAGGCGCAGAACCGUUACAUCAGUUCUGCAUCAGAGAAAGACCGAGUGGCGCCUCCAGCGGUCGCGCUGGACCUUCCUGCAGGCCUGGAGUGCUGGGAGAAUAGCCAUGUUGGCGGUUCAGACAGUCCGGAUCUUACGACAGUCGCACAACAGAGCUGGAACACUCAUUCCUGGCCGGCCAGCUGGCUGAGCCUUGCCAAUAAUCUACCGGACUUCCCCGCCACUUCGCUCGACGACAUGUGCUUGGCUGCGGGAUUAAGGCCCAGCACCGAAAGCAUCACAAAUGCUGCUAGCACUUUACCCGAUCUUCAGAUGCAGACACGGAUACCAGCACCGAGCGAGGCGACUACCAGUCGGGGGGGAGCGGUUCACCACAAAUCUGCACACAAAUCCCGCGCCUAA